CGAGUCCUAGCAGGAGCAUGUUUCCCCUCAGAGCACUUGGUACCUCUGCAUUGAGGGGGGUCCACGGGCGCUUUGUGAGCUUCAGGGCAUGGUGACGGAAGUGUUGCAGCAUCGUUAACUGUGUGGUGUUUUGGAGGUGGCCAGGAUGGUGGUCCGGCUUAGCCACGUGCUCCUGCCGAUGGCCAGUGCGUCUUUGCUGCUCAUUUAGCCUUUUGCUGUGUUUUUCUCCUUUCAGAUCGUGUGAAUCAUGGAGAAGUUUGGCAUGAACUUUGGAGGUGGCCCAAGUAAAAAAGAUCUUCUAGAGACUAUUGAAUCGCAGAAGAAGCAGCUUCUCCAGUACCAGGUUCGGCUGAAGGAUGUUGUCAGAGCCUACAAGAGCCUUCUUAAAGAGAAGGAAGCCUUGGAAGCCAGCUUGAAAGUCUUGUCUGUGUCUCACGAGGCAGAUCUUGGCUUGAGCGGCGCUCAGCCUGCGUCUGUGGCUAGCUCCAGCUCUUCCUUUGCUGAUUCUGCUGAUGACAGGAGCUCGGUUCACAGCGAAGAUAGCGUGGGGACAGCUACCAGCGCAGACACUGCUGCCAGUCUGGCCAGUACCAAGGGUGAGCCAGGGCCUGAGGAUGAUAAGCUGGCAGCCGGCUCUUCCUCUCUUAGAUCAGAAGAGACGAGCGGGUCAGAGAGCGGCAUCAGCACGAGCAGCGGGGAUGCGUCAUCUGCUGCUGGUGAGGCUGAUAAAAGAGUGCUCCAGCUGAAGACCCAGUUGGCCACCUUGACCAGCGCCCUGUCAACAGUCACGCAGGAGAAGUCCCGCAUGGAAGCCUCCUACCAAGCAGACAAGAAGAAGAUGAAGCAGGACCUGGAUGACGCCAUUAAGAAAGCAGAGGACGAGACCGAGAAGUUGGAGACGGAGCUGAAAUCUGCCCAGGAACAGCUGGCCGAGACCAAGGCCCGUCUGAUCACGCAGCAGCACGACCGAGCCCAGGAACAGAGUGACCACGCUGUUAUGCUGCGAGAGCUGCAGAAGCUGCUGCAGGGCGAGCGGACUUUGCGCCAGGAUGCAGAGCUGAAGCUGGAGGAGACCAGGGAGGCGUUGGCCGGGAGGGCGUGCAUGGCUGACCGUGCGGAGGGGUACGAGCUGCAGAUCAAGCAGCUGAGCCGGGAGGUGGAAGACCUGAAGAGAGAGCUGCAGGCUGUUCAGGAGGUGCAGCUGCUGCAAGAGAUGAGGAAGGACCUGCAGGAGGAGCUGGCCAGCCUUAAGAACCACUUCCAAGUCCAGCUGCUGCAAGAGAUGAAGAAGGCUGCCCAGGCAGAGGAGCAGCUCCGCCAGCGCGCCCAGACGGAGGAGCAGCGAGUGGCCGACUUGGAGGGCCAAGUCUCCGAAGUGUCCGAACUCCUUGGCACUUACGAAAAAGCCAAGCAGAAAGACCAAGUGAUCAUCCAGAAGCUGAAGGACCGCAUCGUACAGUUGGACCUGGAGAACAAGACCCUGGCCAUCGCUGCCUCCAGCCGCUCCCCUGUGGACAUUCACGUAGAAGAAGCCAAUCUUGAUGUUAAUGUUCUGAAGGAUAAAAUGGAGAAGCUGAAGAAGCUCUUGCAGGCAGCAGCUAAGAAGAGUCAACCUGCUCUGGACAUCGAGAAGCUGUGUGAGCUGGAGCUGCCGAAGGGCACUGAGGCUGGGGAUGGCGAGAAGGCCACUGCUCUGUACUACCAGCAGGAGCUGAAGCAGCUGAAGGAAGAGUUUGAAAGGUACAAGAUGAGGGCGCAAGUGGUCCUCAAGAACAAGUCGGCCAAAGACGGCAAUCUGGCUAAGGAGCUGGAGGAAGCUCAAGAGCAGCUGGCUGACCUGAAAGAGAAGUACGUUGUGCUUCAGCUGUCCUCUGAUGAAAUGGAGAAGCAGCACCAGCAAGACAUGGAAGCCAAGAAGCAAGAACUGUCCCAGCUGCAGCAAAUUCAUAGGCAGGAGUUAGAGCGAUGCCAGCUGGACUACAGGGAUCGGGCGCUGAAGCUGGAGGAGGAGAUGCACAAACAGCGGGACCGAGCGCUGGCGGUGCUGGCGGAAAAGGACCAAGAGCUGGAGCAGCUGAGAUCUGUCACGUUGCCCUACGGGCUUCAAGGAUCCAAAAACUACCUAGCGGCGGGGACUGACAUGCCUAGCAGUGACUCGCCAGGUAACGAGUCCUCAGAGGUUCUCCCCCAGGCUCUCCAUCUCUCCGCCAGCAGCGAGCCCACCUUCUUCCUGUACGCGGAGCAGCUGGCUCGCAAAGAAGUGGAAAUCGUAGCGCUGAGGAAGCAGAAGCACAAGCUGGAAAUGCAAGUUCACCAGCUGCAGGAGAAAAUCUUGGUUGAGGAGGAGAAGCACCGGGAAGAGGUGUCCGCUCUUCAAAGCGAGAUCGAGAAGAAUUUCAGAGAUAAGAGCAGGGAGGGAGCCAACCUGGAAUACCUCAAGAACAUUGUCUACAGGUUUUUGACGCUGCCGGAUUCUCUCGGGCGCCAGCAGACUCUAACUGCCAUUCUGACUAUUCUGCAUUUCAGCCCGGAAGAAAAGCAAGCGAUCACAAAGCAGUCGGCUUACAGCAGCUGGUGGCUGUCCGGGAAGAGAUGAGACGGUAGUGUUUAUUCCUAACUGCUCUUGCACAGCAGCGGGUUUCUGAUUAUUAACCGAGAGCACUUUGCUCGUGGUGUAACCUCUUGCCAACCGUGUGACGGAGCAGGGAGCUUCCAGCAAUAAAUUGGGCCUAAAAAGUGCGCUUAGCGCUAAUUUAAAGUAGAAUUGUGCCAACCGUUCCAGCGGGGUCGCAGCGCGCUCUCGCUCUCCGGUGUGAGGAUUUGCUCCGUGUUGGAACUUGAUUUUAAAAAAAAUAAAACAAAAAUCGAAGAUACCAAUGCUUUUCUAAACACAAUUUAAAAAAAAAAAACCAUCCCCACCUGUCAGGCGCAGGGCGAGGAGCUCUGUCGGAGUGGAACCCGCUCGCAUCCUCAAGCACCGGACGGGCUCGUGACUGCAAAGAUUGAAAGGUGGGGGGAAGCACUUAGCUAAAAUAACACAAGACAAAGAGCUGAAAGCCUGCGAGAAGGAUUGGCCUUAACUCCCAGCAUCAUCCAAACGCAGAAAAUCUUGUGCAAUUUCUCAAAAGUUUGUGGUUUGUUUGGUUUUUUUUUUUUUAACCUAGAGCCAAAUUUAUACCAGUGAAUAAAUACAGCAGCUCCUCGGAGCACUGGGGACCAUCCGACGGCACAGCCGUGGGCGCUCACACUGAGCUGGGAGUCUCUCUGCCAUUACCAGUGUUUCCCAGGAAGGAGGAAAGCUUUCCUGAGUAUUUACCAGUCUGGAGCGCAGUGCAAGCAGUGCUCCCCACCCGUGUCAGAGCUCCUGCUGUGCAGCAGAUACCGGAGCUUUCUGACCCUGCCUGCGAUGGGAACCAGGGUCCUGCAGAAAGCAACCCGAGGAAGGGCUGAAGGCACGCUGGCCCCUCAGCAGUCAUUUUCUGGGCAUUUGGGAGUUCUGGUGAAGCUGUGGAUGCUCCGCAGCGUUGGUUUUGGGAGGCAGGAGAUGCUCCUGCUGGGAUAGAAGCAGCAGCAAGGGGCAGAAGGUGACAGCUCUGGGGCUCGGCGUGGCCUGCGCUUGCAGCAAAGCUGUGUGAGGAUGAAGAGCUGCCCUGCUGCUGCGCAGGCCCUGAGGCUCUUGCAUAAAUUCCUUGUGAAUUGGUGAGCGUGGCAGGAAGGAAGGCAAAACGUUUUGAAACCCCUCUGGACCGCUGUCGGCUCCCCGCUGGCGUGCCCGCGUCUUGCAGUUGUGCCCCGGAUCUGCUGGCUCCCGACUGCUCAGACCCCGAACGACUGAGCUGAAAGCCCUGGCGCGGCGCCUGUAGCAGGCGUUGUGUGAACGGUCGCUAAAAGCAGAGCGUGCGGUUUGCAUAUCAGUGGGCUGUGUGAGAAGGAGGGGGCCUCGGCGUGCAGCUGUGGGCACGGGAGGGCAGCGGGCAGGCUCGGUGCGAGGCCGGUGCUGGCACGAGCAAGCUCCUCUCUCCUCUGCUGCGGCAGGAAUCUGCCUGGUGGCGUUUGAGCUCUGCGCUCGGGCGCCGUGAGGGGCGACGGGCUGGGGCAGGGGGGG